AUGUCGCUAAAAGUCACCCAGCAGAACGGCAUCUCAGUGUAUACAGUCUCGGGCAGCCAGACAACCCGCUCGCUGCCAGACUGGCUCGCGCGCAAGCGCAAGUGCAGCCUGCGCUCCGACGCGGCCUACCACUCUCGCAUCGAGCUAAUCCAGGAUUUCGAGUUCGAGGAGGCGAGUCAGUGCGUGCGUGUGAGCCCGGAUGGGGAGUACGCCAUGGCGACGGGGACAUACAAGCCGCAGCAGCGCAUCUACCACCUGCCAUCGUCAGCGCUGAAGUAUGCUCGUCACACUGGGUCGCUGAAUUUGAAAUUUGUGCUGCUGUCGACGGAUUAUACUAAGAGUCUGCACUUGCAGACGGAUCGGUCGCUGGAGUUUCAUACUGCUAUGGGGUGCCAUCACGUCACGAGAAUUCCGAGGUAUGGAAGGGAUCUGGCGUACUUGAAGCCUGCAGCGCAGGUCGUUGUUGCGGCCGAGGGGCGGGAGGUGUAUAGGUUGGAUUUGGAGGCGGGGAGGUUUUUGAAGCCGUUUUCUCUGGGGGGGUAUGAUGGGGGUGCUACCGAAGGCGGUGGGGAUGUGGGGUCGGUUGAGUGUGUUGGGGUUGCGGAUGGUUCGCACGGGCUUUUGGCGUUCGGGACUGACGUGGGCACGACCGAGUUCUGGGAUCCAAGGAGUCGGAAUCGAGUCGGCGUUCUCGGACCCCCAGCCUCUGCUGCCGCUUCAUACGGCGUUUUUGGUCAGCCAGUGAAGUCGGGCAUCACAGCUUUGGAAUUCAACCCCUCUGGAUUAACCCUGGCCACUGGCAACUCCGCAGGGAUAAUAACCCUCUACGACAUCCGCUCCCCAACCCCCCUCAUAAGUAAAGACCAAGGCUACGGCUUCCCCAUCAAAACCUUAAGAUUUCUGCACUCAUCCUCCCCCAAUUCCAACGUCCGGGGCGUAGAAACUGCCUACGAAACAACCUCCACCCCAAAAGUCCUCUCGGCCGACAAACGCAUCAUAAAGAUCUGGGACCAGGCAAGCGGGAAACCAUGGACCUCCGUCGAGCCCUCAGUGGACAUAAACGACGUUUGCGUGGUGCCUAACUCUGGCAUGCUCUUUACCGCCAACGAAGGUCGGGAGAUGCACUCAUUCCUCAUACCAGCACUCGGCCCAUCGCCCUGGUGGUGCGCGCAUUUAGACACGCAAAUCGAGCAACUCGCAGACAAACACAUCAACGAUCCAGACGCCUACAUAACCGACAUCGCAGGCCCCAGUGGGGAGGUGGUGACAUAUGACAACUACAAAUUCCUAACAAAGCCCGAACUAAAACAGCUCAACCUUGACCACCUCGUUGGCGGCGGCCACGCCACCAACAACACUAAUGGGGGGAAGAAGGCUACUUCCGGAGGAAGCCUGGUACGGCCAUACAUGCACGGCUACUUUGUCGACCAAAGACUCUACGACGAAGCACGACUAAUCGCCGAUCCAUUCGAAUGGGAGCGCGAGCGGAAACGCAUGGUAGCAGCGAAGAUAGAGAAACAGCGGGAGAGCCGGAUCCGCUCCAUCCGCUCCACUGCUGCCACCGCAAAAGUCAAGGUCAAUAAGCGGCUAGCGGAGCGAUUGGUAGCGCUGGAAGGGAAGUUGGCGAAAGCUAAUGGAGAGGAAGGAGUCCUGAAGGACACACGCUUCACCCGCCUCUUCCAAAAUCCGGACUUUGAAGUAGACGAGACAUCGUUGGAGUUCCGAAAGUUGAACCCAAGCACCAAUCCCCUCCCUCCUCUCCCCCGCGCCCGUGAAACACUGGUGGAGAAAGAGCAAGCAUCCCCCUCCUCCGAUGAGUCUACAACAGAAAAUGGGCAGAAGCAUAAUAAGCAGCCACAAAUGCGCAUCUCAACAUCCUCCUACAAAAAGGCGAACCACGAUACGCGAGGCUUCGCGCCCUCGUCUGUGCAAAAGAGGCGCAAUCGGGAGAGGUCGUUUGGCGAGCAGGUUUCUUCCAUAAAGGAUCGACCGCGGGAGAAGGUUAGGAAUAAUGCUGAUGGGGGAAGGGGGGUGAUGGGGGAGAGGGAGGUUACGUUUUUCACUACAUCGGGGCGGAAGGGUAGAGGUGGGCGGGGAGGGCAGAGUGGUGGAAGGGGAAAGCCUGCUAGUGAGAGGAGGAGUGCUAGUGGGAAUGUGUUCCGCCGGGAGGGGUUGGGGAAGUAGACUGGCUUUUGGCUUUGACUUUGAUAAAUGUGACAGACGGAUUGGAGAAAGGUAUUGACAUCGGUGGUAGGCGGAAAAGUUAUGUGUCGUUCGUUCGAUGUAAUAUUAUAGUGGUUAGCUGGUCAAGGUGCUGUAAUAAUUUAUACAGUGCAGCACACUAUCACAAUCAACCGACGCGAGUCCGGACGCAUCUAAAUAAAGCCUUGAAGGAAAAGACAAUUAUUUGGACUACCGUAGCAAUACUGCAUACAUCUCCUUCCCCAUCCUCCCCGUCCCCGAAAGAGCACAAACCAGGACCAACCAGAGACAUAACUCAUAACUUCUAUUCCAAACAAUCCAAUCCAAUCCAAAUCGCAAGCCCGCACCAAUCCAUCACCCCCUUUCCUUCUUCCCAUCCAUCACAUCAUGGGAAGAAGGGAUUAUCAAGCCCAGCCCCAAAGGGACAAAAAUUUAGACAAUGUCCAGGCCCCCAGGGGAAUAUCUAGCUGAAGAGCAGUAGUACUAGUAGUAUCCGCUUUAGCAGUUGAAAUGAGAAAGGGGAGAAAAGGGGAAAAGAGGAAAUAAAAUAAUACAGGGAAUUAAGCCCCAUUCGAAAGGGGUGAUGGUGAAUCACUAGCCAUGUUGGGAUAAUGGCGAGAUAUUAAGAAGAAAAAAACCCCAACCCACUAGAAUAAGAAUUUAAGUUGUGCACAAAAUCAAAGGACAGAAAAGAAAGCAAAGUACGCCGGACAAAGGGAAAAAAGUGAAAGUUUAAACAGAGGAAAGGCUAAACCAAGACCCUCCGAGCAAGGGAGGAAGAAUGAAUUAAUUUUCGUUAUUUUGCGAAAAAAAAG